GGUUGUAGUUCAUCACUCACAGCAGGCAGAUCGUUGUUAUUCAUUCUGGAAUAUCAGGUGCUGAGGUACCAGGAUAUACAGGGGAACCAGCAUCUAUUUCUUCAAUGCUUGACUGUAAAGCUUGAUUUAGACUGAAGCCUUAAUAUUUUCUCAGUUAUUUUGCAGUAUGUAUGGAGGUCUUCAGUGACUGAUGUGGUGCCGUUUGGACUUUCCCGUCAUUUUGGAGUGUUAUUUCUCUGACCAGGUCGUGGUUUCACCGCAAUCAUAAUUCUGCUCGUGCAACACAGAUUACUUGGAGGGGUUUAGACCAUCUCUGACAGGAAAUGUCUGGACAAAAACCUUCUCUGAGAGCUGAUGGAUCGAGUCAAACCCGCUUCCAGGUGGAUAUUGUCAAGGAAGCAUCACCAGCACAAGGCGAAAGAGCUACAUCUGGCUCAGGCGCUAGCCCAUCCUCUGGUGAUGGGUCCAAGAUGCCAGAGGAGACAAAAAGCCGAUUUCGAGUUGUAGGGUUUCUAGAUUCAGGUAUCCUGGGUAGCGCCAUGGACAUUGGGCUUCCACCUGAUGUCUUCCAUGAGCCAGACACAGCAAAGAGUGACUCAGUGAGUCUCCAUUCAACAGGCACGGGACAAACCCACAUCUCGGACUCCCACUCCAAUACCUACUACAUGAGGACCUUUGGACACAACACCAUUGACGCUGUGCCCAACAUCGAGUUCUACCGGCAGACUGCAGCACCCUUUGGGGAGAAGCUAACCAGACCAUCACUGUCAGAGCUGCAUGAUGAACUUGAUAAAGAGCCUUUUGAGGAUGGUUUGACAAACGGAGACGAGCGUUCAGCAGCGGAGGAGUCGGCAGCACUGGCAGCAAAGGCGGCGAAAGGUGGAACUGUGAAGUUUGGCUGGGUCAAAGGAGUCCUGAUCCGCUGCAUGCUAAACAUCUGGGGUGUGAUGCUUUUUAUCAGAAUGUCCUGGAUUGUUGGUCAGGCUGGUAUUGGACUGACCAUUGCGAUCAUUCUGAUGGCCACUCUGGUCACCACAAUCACUGGUCUGUCUACUUCUGCCAUCGCAACCAAUGGCUUUGUAAGAGGAGGUGGAGCUUAUUACCUAAUAUCCAGGAGCCUGGGACCAGAGUUCGGAGGGUCAAUUGGUCUCAUCUUUGCCUUUGCCAAUGCUGUAGCUGUUGCUAUGUAUGUCGUGGGCUUUGCAGAAACUGUCGUUGAAAUGCUGAAUGAUGUCGAUGCCCUGAUGACUGAUGAGUUAAAUGACAUUCGCAUAGUUGGUACUCUGACUGUUAUCCUGCUGCUGGGAAUCUCUGUUGCUGGGAUGGAAUGGGAGGCCAAGGCUCAGAUUGUCUUCCUAGUGAUCCUCCUGGCAGCCAUCGGCAACUACUUCAUAGGAACCUUCAUACCAGCAGAAAGCAAGGAGCCCAAGGGAUUCUUUGGCUACCACACAUCUAUCUUCCUAGAGAACAUGGGUCCAGACUUCAGGGAUGAUGAAACCUUCUUCUCUGUGUUUGCCAUCUUCUUUCCAGCAGCCACUGGUAUCUUGGCUGGAGCCAACAUCUCAGGAGAUCUCACAGAUCCUCAGUCAGCAAUCCCGAAAGGAACCCUACUGGCCAUCCUCAUCACCGGACUCACCUAUGUGGCCGUGGCCAUCUCCACAGGCUCCUGCAUUGUGAGAGAUGCUACAGGUGACCACAAUGACACGGUGAGCGACACAGUGAACUGCACCGAUGCUGCCUGCACACUGGGCUACGAUUUCUCCAUAUGCAAAGAAGGGGGCUGUCAGUACGGUCUGAUGAAUGACUUCCAGGUGAUGAGUCUGGUGUCUGGCUUUGGCCCACUGAUCACUGCAGGGAUUUUUUCAGCGACUCUGUCCUCAGCUCUGGCCUCCCUGGUCAGCGCACCAAAAGUCUUCCAGGCUCUGUGCAAAGACAACAUCUAUCCUGGGCUAGGCGUAUUUGCAAAGGGUUAUGGAAAAAACAAUGAGCCUCUCCGAGGUUACGUCCUGACCUUCUGCAUUGGACUUGCUUUUAUCCUGAUCGGGGAGUUGAACAUCAUCGCUCCCAUCAUCUCCAACUUCUUCCUUGCCUCGUAUGCUCUCAUCAACUUCUCAGUCUUCCAUGCCUCCCUUGCAAACUCUCCAGGGUGGCGCCCUAGUUUCAAGUACUACAACAUGUGGGUGUCCCUUGUUGGGGCGAUCCUGUGUUGUGUGGUCAUGUUUGUCAUCAACUGGUGGGCAGCCCUGGUCACGCUGCUCAUCAUCCUCGCUCUCUAUAUCUACGUCAGCUACAAGAAACCUGAUGUGAAUUGGGGUUCAUCUACUCAGGCUUUGAUCUACAACCAAGCUCUCACUCACUGUCUCAACCUCACUGGAAUCGAGGACCAUGUCAAAAAUUUCAGGCCGCAGUGUUUGGUCCUGGCUGGUUAUCCAAAUGCUCGCCCUGCACUGCUUCAUUUGGUUCAUUCCUUCACAAAGAAUGUCGGCCUGAUGGUCUGCGGUCACAUCAGGACAGUGUCACGUAGACCAAACUUUAAGGAGUUGUUCCAGGAUCACGCCCGGUGCCAGCGAUGGCUCAAUAAGAAACGAAUCAAAGCCUUUUACACUCCGGUCUUCUCAGACAACCUGCGGCACGGGGCACAGUUCCUCAUGCAGGCUGUGGGUUUGGGCCGCCUGAAGCCCAACACACUUGUCAUGGGAUUCAAAACCAACUGGAGUGAUGGGGACAUGAGAGAUGUAGAGAUAUACAUCAACACGAUACAUGAUGCAUUUGACCUCCAGUUUGGAGUGGUGGUUCUCCGAAUGCAGGACGGAUUGGACAUCUCUCACAUCCAGGGACAAGACGAACUGCUAUCAUCUCUUGAUAAGCCAGCAGGGGGCAGUAAAGAUGUGAUAGUGUCCGACACACUGACAAAAAACUCGGAGUCGGACUUGAGUCCUGCACAAGGCACCGGCACGCAGAGCAGCCCCCUCAUCAUGAGAGAGACGAAGUCUCCUCUGAGUCUGAUGGACCAACGGCUGUUGGAGACCAGCCAGCAGUUUAAAAAAAAACAGGGCAAAGGAACCAUCGAUGUGUGGUGGCUGUUUGACGAUGGAGGUUUGACUCUGUUGAUUCCGUACCUGCUGACCAACAGAAACAAGUGGGGUGACUGCAGGAUCCGCAUUUUCAUUGGUGGGAAGAUUAACCGCAUUGAUCACGACCGCCGAGCGAUGGCCACUCUGCUCAGCAGGUUCCGGAUUGACUUCUCUGACAUCAACGUCCUGGGAGAUAUCAACACCAAACCCAAGAAACACAAUAAGCUGACAUUUAAGGAACUGAUUGAGCCAUACAGGCUGAAGGAGGAUGACAUGGAGCAGGAAGCUGCAGAGAGGCUCAAGGCCCAGGAGCCCUGGAGGAUCACUGACAAUGAACUAGAGCUCUAUAAGGCCAAGACCAACCGUCAGAUUCGGCUGAAUGAGCUACUGAAGGAGCACUCCAGUACUGCCAAACUCAUCGUAAUGAGUAUGCCAUUAGCUAGGAAGGGCACGGUGUCUAGCGCCCUCUACAUGUGCUGGAUGGAAACACUGUCCAAAGGCGUUCCACCACUGCUGCUGGUUCGAGGAAACCACCAGAGUGUUCUGACCUUUUACUCCUAAGUUUUUUUUGUUAGUUUUUUUUUUAAUUCAAGUUUAAAUUUGUAUUGUACACAGAACAUAAAUUAACGAGUGCUCCAAGAGCACAAACCUCCACCAAGACGUAAAUACACAUUUUAAGUACAAAUUCAACAGAGAAAUGUGAGGAAGA